AUGACCCUCGACAGUGGUCACUUGGCUGGCUUCAAAUUUUGGCACGGAGAUGAUGGCUUGAGUUAUGACGACGGUGGUUCAGAGCUGUUGGGUUCGGGCCAAUCUCGGAUUCGGCCUACUUGCUGCUAUGGGCUAGAGAAUAAAGAUGAAAGAGGAGAUGGGCUUGAGCCCUUCAUUAUUGAGGCAUCCAAGAAAAGGUCACUAGACGGACUUAGUGAGAUCCUUGAAGGAAACAGAAUGGAAGAUAUAAGUGAUCGUGCAGCUAGGUCAACAAGUCACCCUCCGUUUCUUGAUGACAAAACAAACUAUGCAGCAUGGAAGGUUAAGAUGAAAGCUUUUUUGUGGGCAAAGGAUGUAGCUGUAUGGGCUGUUAUUGAAAGUGGUUGGGAGUAUCCAACUAAGACUGAAAAGGUAGAUACAAAAGAGAUUGGAGAGGGUAGUUCUACUGUUGAAGCCAAAGUUAAGAAGCCUAUGAGUGAAUGGACUGCAGAUGAGAACACCAAGAGUACAAAUAAUCAGAAAGCAUUAAACUCUAUCUUCACAGCGCAAGCAUGGGAUAUUCUCCAAGUUACUCAUGAAGGCACUACAGCUGUCAGAGAAUCUAAGCUUCAGCAACUUAUCCAGCAAUUUGAAAAUAUGAAGAUGGGUGAUGAUGACAAGUUUGCUGAUUUCUAUGCUAGGCUCAGUGUUGUUGUGAAUGGUUGUUUCAACUUAGGAGAUCCCAUACCUCAACACAGGAUAGUCAAGAAAGUACUUAGGUCUCUUCCUAUGAAAUAUCAUUCCAAGAAGAUAGCCAUUCAGGAGUCGAAGAACCUCAAUACCUACAGUCUGCAAGAACUGAUUGGAAACUUAACUACAUAUGAGAUGGAACUCCCUGAUGAAAUGAAGAGCAAAAGCAUAGCUCUUAAAGUGAAGAAAGACAUUGAAGAUGAGUCAACAUAUGAAGAGGAUGCUGAUGAAGAUGAAAUUGAUCUUGUCACAAGAAAAUUCAGAAAAUUUCUCAAGGAUAGGAAAUCCAAAAGAAGUGAAUCAAGGUCUGACUCAAGCUCCAAGAAUACAAGAAUAAAAGAAAAGCCGGGUAAUAAGGUUUUAAGGUUUGAAAGAGCUCAUGCUCCAAAGUGUUUUGCAUGUGAAGGGUUUGGUCACAUUGCAUCUGAGUGUGCAAAUACCUUGAAGAAGUCCAAGAAUAAACGGAAUAAAGCAAUGAAUGUUACUUGGAGUGAUAGUGAAGAUGACUCUAUGCUUGAUAGUGAUUCUGAAGUGGUGGCCUUGGUAGGAUUAACGACUAUUGGUCAUGAGUCUGAAGUUGAAGAAUUUGAUCUUGAGGAAGUAAUGCAACAAUAUAUCAUGUUGUCUGAGGCUUCAAAAGAAUUGAAGAAAAGAAAUUUAGAGUUGAGUAAUCAAGUUGAGAACUUGAAGACUGAUGUCAGUAGGACUGAAGCUGGAUUUCAAUCCCAAUUAGAGGCAGGUGAUGCAGUAAGAAAGUCUCUUGCGGAGGACUUUCAGUCCCUUCAACAAAAGUAUCAAGAGAGAUGUGAUAAAGUUGAGGAGCUUAAAACUUAA